AUGGGACGAACGUUCGGAGCCAUCUGCACAGGCGCCUAUCUGCUCGCGCGUUACAAUCUUCUCGACGGCCGGCGCUGCACAAUUCACUGGGAAAACCUGCGCUCGCUUCGUGAGGAAUAUCCUGACGUCGAGGUCACGUCCGAUAUAUUCGCGAUCGACCGCAAUUGCAUCACCUGCGCUGGCGGCAUGGCCUCGCUCGACAUGAUGCUGCGCCUGAUUGCGAUCCAGCACGGCGCCUAUCUCGCCCACGAAGUGGCGGAAGUCGCGCUUUACCAGAACAUGCGCUCCGGUGAAUCGGCUCAACGGCAUGACAUCGAGGCACGGACCGGCAUUUCCAACGCCAAGAUCCUGGAUGCGAUCCGGAUCAUGGACCUUCAUAUCGAAGAUCCGCUGAGCUGCCAGCAGCUCGCCAUGACCGUCAACCUGUCCCCGCGCCAGCUGGAGCGCCUGUUCCGCAGGCAUUUCAACUGCACGCCGGGUCAAUAUUACCUGCGCCUGCGCCUUGAAACGGCCCGCGACCUCUUGCGCCGGACCAGCCGUCCGGUCCUUGAUGUCGCACUCGCCUGCGGGUUCGCCUCCACCUCGCAUUUCACCAAGUGUUACAGGGAGCGUUUCCUGUGCACCCCGACGGAAGAGCGACAGUCCUAUCAAUGGGCGAAUACAAGGACGACAUCCGGCGUCGGCACAGCCACACCGAUGCGGCUGGUGGCGAAAUAA